CAGAGAAGUGUUGUACGAGGUUGUUUUGUCAUCCUAUCAUGAAGUACCGGGUGUAUACGGUGUGGUUGCCGCAAAGACAUGGCUGCACAUGUAGAAAUACUGGCGUUGUAACCUUGAUUAUUUAGCGUAUUCGUGUCAGAAAGGCUUGAAAGAGCAACAUGCAGGCUGCUAUGGAUAUAACGGCAAGGUAUUGCCAUAAAGAGAUGGAGGCAUAUGGGUCAUGUGUGGCCUCCAACCCCUCAACAUGGCAGCACCAGUGUCAUGAACUGAAGCUGAAGGUUGCACAGUGCACAUCAUCACACCCAGUGAUCCAGAAGAUCAGACAGGACUGUUCCAAGGAGUUUGUGGAGUUUGAGCGCUGUCUGAGAGAAAACCAGGACACACCUACCUCCUGCUCACCACAUGUGGCUCGCUUUCUAGGCUGUGCAGAGACGGUGGACCUCAGUGGAGUGGAUACAAAUCCAGCACCUCAGCCAUCGUAGCAUUCAGGCAUCUUCUAUCAGCAUCAGACAGCUCCCGUCUCCACAGCAGCGAACUGAUGGGCUGGUUUCACAUGAUGCUGAUGUACAGUGACUGAUAUUUGGUUCCCUCUGUGUGACCUAAUGUGUAGGUGAUGACUGCACUAGUACUGCACAUUAAGACUACUUGUGUAGAGUAUUUAAUAACUGCAUCGUCCCUUUACUCUUUAUGUAAACGUUGAGUUCCUGUGAAAAUAACAUUUGUCAUUCCCUCACACAAGGAAGACUAUUUUUACUGAUUUCUAUUAAACCAUCUUAUUAAAAUUGA